UGAGGAGCGAGAGCUGGCAGUGAGGCCCUAUGUUGAGCCCAACUUAAUCAUAGACUUGGAAAGGCUGCCAGAUGUAUCACAGCAGCAGCCAGAACACAGCACAGCUGCCCCUGCAAAACCAGGCAGCGCUACUCACUCUGGUAGGCGGGAGACGAGGCUAGGUUUCUGUGCCUCACUCCAUUCUACAUCCGCACACACACAAACACAAUUGGCAGAGAGGAGCAUGCCUCAUUCGGUGCUUUGAAGUUAUGGAGUUGGACAACGCGGCCGAACUGGAGAGCUACAAUGAGCUCCCUCCUGAGAGGGUUGGCCGCAGGCGCAGUAUGCCGGGCAGCGCUCUGGACAAGUGCACCUCCAUAGAGCCAUCCACCUCCACCUCCUUCAAAGUCACGGGUUUCCUGAGUCGCAGACUGAAGGGUUCCAUCAAACGCACCAAGAGCCAACCCAAGCUGGACCGCAACAGCAGCUUCAGAAACAUCUUGCCGGGCUUCAAAACCGCAGACAAUGACAGAUCCCAUCUGAUGCCGAGGCUGAAGGAAUCACGGUCUCAUGAAUCGUUGUUCAGCCCCAGCAGUGCAGUAGAAGCUUUGGAUCUCAGCAUGGAGGACGAGGUGUUGAUCAAACCGGUGCACAGCAGUAUCCUGGGCCAGGACUACUGCUUCGAGGUAACCACUUCCACUGGAACAAAAUGCUUUUCAUGUCGGUCAUCCGCCGAGAGGGACAAAUGGAUGGAGAACUUAAGGAGAGCUGUAAAUCCAAACAAGGACAACAGUCGGCGUGUGGAGAACCUGCUGAAAAUGUGGAUUAUUGAGGCCAAGGACCUUCCAGCCAAGAAAAGGUACUUCUGUGAGUUGUGUCUGGACGACACGCUUUACGCACGGACUACCUGCAAACUCAAAACAGACAAUGUGUUCUGGGGAGAGCACUUUGAGUUCAACAACUUACCUGCCAUCAAAAGUGUCACCGUCCACCUGUACAAGGAGACUGAUAAAAAGAAAAAGAAGGACAAGAACAGCUAUGUGGGCCUGGUCAACAUUCCCACCGGCGCCGUCACGGGACGCCAGUUUGUGGAGAAGUGGUACUCUGUGAGCACGCCCAACCCGAACAAAGGGAAAACUCCCGGACCUAUGAUUCGGCUCAAGUCGCGGUACCAGAGCAUGAGCAUCCUGCCUAUGGAGUCAUAUAAGGAGUUUGCGGAGUACAUUACCAAUAACUACAUGCUGAUGUGCUCCAUCAUGGAGCCUGGCCUCAGUGUGAAGAACAAGGAGGAGAUGGCCAGUGCCCUGGUGCACAUUCUACAGAGCACCGGCAAGGCUAAGGACUUCCUGACUGACCUGAUGAUGUCAGAAGUGGAUCGCUGUGGGGAGAACGAACACCUGAUCUUCAGGGAGAACACUCUGGCCACCAAAGCCAUCGAGGAGUACCUUAAACUGGUGGGGCAGAAGUACCUGCAGGACGCACUAGGCGAGUUCAUCAAGGCCCUGUACGAAUCAGACGAGAACUGUGAGGUGGACCCGGGGAAGUGUUCCUCAGGAGACCUCCCUGAGCACCAGAGCAACCUGAAGAUGUGCUGUGAGCUGGCCUUUUGCAAGAUCAUCGACUCCUACCGUGUUUUUCCGCGGGAGCUGAAGGAGGUGUUUGCCUCGUGGAGGCAGGAGUGCAGCAGUCGGGGCCGGCCGGACAUCAGCGAGCGUCUGAUCAGCGCCUCCCUGUUCCUGCGCUUCCUGUGUCCGGCCGUCAUGUCCCCGUCGCUUUUCAACCUGAUGCAGGAGUACCCAGACGACCGCACCGCGCGAACCCUCACGCUCAUCGCCAAGGUCACACAGAACCUCGCGAACUUCACCAAGUUUGGUAACAAGGAGGAGUACAUGUCCUUUAUGAACCACUUCCUGGAGCACGAGUGGACAAACAUGCAGCGCUUCCUGCUGGAGAUCUCCAACCCAGAGACCAUCUCCAACACGGCAGGGUUCGAGGGUUACAUCGACCUGGGCCGCGAGCUCUCCACCCUGCACUCCCUGCUGGCCGAGGCAGUCUCUCAGCUGGACCAGAGCACAGCCUCUAAGCUUGGUCCACUGGCACGUAUCCUGCGGGACGUGAACUCAGCACUGACCAACCCGUCUGGGGUCCAGGUGUCUACCCCCACGGAGCGUAUGGGCUCCCCCCCCCUUCCCCUCCCCCUGGCAGGCUGCAGCCUCUCCACCGGCCUGCCUCUCCACAAGAUGGUCAUGGACAGCGAGCUUUCUGGGUUGGUUGAUUUUACGAGGCUACCGUCGCCAACCCCAGAGAACAAGGACCUAUUCUUUGUGACGCGGAACUCUGGCAUCCAGCAGUCUCCAGCCAGAAGCUCCAGUUACUCGGAGGCCAACGAGGCUGAGGUGCAGCUCCCCAAUGGCAGCAAGAGUCUAUCAAUGGUGGACCUGCAAGAUAGCCGCAGCCUGGAGAGUACCCCUGGCCCCCGCCCUGCCUCCCCCAGCGACAUGCUCCUCAAUGAAUGCCAGUCCCCCGUCGCCCCUGGGCCAGGGGGCUGGGCCGCCCGCACCCCUCAGGGCAUUAUCCCCGGCCCCGGCCCCGGACCCACCCUCAGGAGAAUGGUUCAGACCCCCACCAACCCUAGCACAGAGAGCAGCACCCUAGGUCCAGGGAGGCCCUCCCAGCUCCUGGCCCCGCUUUCAUUCCAGAACCCCGUUUACCAGAUGGCCACGGGCAUGACCAUGAGCAUGUCCCCGCGGGGCCCCCUGGCCGAUUCAGGCUCCGAGGGCCACAGCUCUCACAGCUCUCAGGGCAACAACACAGAGGAUGCCCCCAAGCACCAGGGGGUAUUCCUCACCCAAGGGGUUGCAGUCGGGAGCGGGGGAGGCAGCAGCAGUGAGGAGUUUGCGCGGCGCUCAGGGGAGUUCACGACCCGCCGCCAGCUGUCCCUCAUGGAACCCCCGCGGCAGAACAGCUCCGGUCCCCAGCGCAGGAUAGACCAGCCCCCUCCGCCCGUCACCAGGGGCAGGACGCCGCCAAACAUGCUCCAGACGGCCUACCCUGGGCCGCGGCCCUCCAGCGGCAGCAUGAUGUCAUCAUCUCCCGACUGGGGGCCCAGUGGCGGCACCCGGUUGAGACAGCAGUCGUCCUCAUCCAAAGGGGACAGUCCUGAGACCAAGCAGCACACCCUGCACAAAGCCCCCUCCCCUGUGAACCCCAAUGCUCUGGACCGCACUGCUGCCUGGCUGUUGAAUAUGAAUGUGCAGUAUUUAGACCAUGAGGGAGUUGACCCAGAUACCAAGCACAGGGAAGACCUUCGAAACAAAGAGGAGCUCACUCAAACUGAAAAGUACCAGCAGGAGAUCGCCAUCCUGCAGGACAAGCUGCGUCUGUCAGCCAAGAAGCUGGAGGAGUAUGAGUGUCACCUGAAGGGCCAGGACGAGCAGACCCAGACAAUGCUGCUGGAGUACCAGGCACGCCUGGAGGACACGGAGGAGCGCCUGCGCCGGCAGCAGGACGACAAGGAGCUCCAGAUGAAGAGCAUCAUCACCAGGCUGAUGUCUGUUGAGGAGGAACUGAAGAAAGAUCAUUCGGAUAUGCAAUCGAUAGUGGACUCAAAACAGAAGAUCAUUGAAGCCCAGGAGAAACGCAUCGCCUCUCUGGACUCGGCCAACGCCCGCCUGAUGAGCGCUCUGACCCAGCUGAAGGAGCGCUACAGCAUGCAGACCCGUAACGGCAUCUCCCCCACCAACCCCAGCAAACUCCAGAUCACUGAGAACGGAGAGUUCAGGAACAGCAGCAACUGCUAGGGAUGGGGAGAGGGCCUCGCCCAACUCAAUAACACUUGGGCUAGGGGAGAGACGAGAAUAUGGCCCACACCCAGUCACUCUCUGGAGAAACGUGUUCAUACUGAACAAAUCCAUUAUUUUCAAUGGAUGAGGUCAUGAUGACAUAAGGAGUAGACUGACUAUGAAGCUGUUGCUGAACAAUAUAAAGGAAUUCAUCAGAUUGACUUGAAAGUUAUAAUGUCUACAACACCUGGCUGCAUGACGUCCCAGACUCUCUAUCCCAGUACAUUAACAACAUUGUAACAAAUAAGAUGGGAAUAGGUUGCACUGUUAUCUUGGAAAGAGCCUGUUUUGAAGUGAUUUGAACCACCAAGCUUCAGAAUGUUUCAGAUUUCUCAUGUACCCGUAUCAUUUUCAGUCACCGCGUAGAAAUAGCACAGGUUGCUAAAAGAGGACGCUCCUUUAUGGAUCCUACACCUUUUUAGAGCGCACUUGUACCCUACAUGUCCCUCUGACCUACAGUAUACAGUACUAACAUACUCAGCCCGUUUCUUCUGGCAACAGUAUAGUACAACACAAGUGUGUAUAUAUAGUACAUUGUAGCAUCAAUCUUCGAUUUUACUCAAUGGCUGUUUUCUAACCCACUGAUUUUGUUUCAAACUUCAAUAGCAUACAUACAGUAUGUGUUGCCAAGUGAACAACUCUCGAUCAGUGAAAGCCUCCUCUGUUGACCAGCUUUGAAAAACAGAGCUUUGCUGAAAACACAUCCCAAUAGCAAGUGUUUCUGUAUUCUACCUGUAUAUUUUAGGUAUCCCCUUCUUUUCUUACCUCAAAUGAAUUUUUUGCAUGUAUCAUAUCAGGACUACAGUAGCACAACUUGCUAAUUUUGUUUUAAAUUGAUAAUAUUAAGGAAAGAGCUCAACUAUUUAAUGUUUUGCAUACUUUGUAUGUGCUUAAAUAUUUGUCUAUUUAGAGGUUUAAAUGCCUCGGAUAUGUAUAUAAAAUGUUCACAGUAUUUUUAUUGAUUGUUUGGAAUAGUAUCUGUACAGUAAGUGUUCCUUGAAUUAAACUCGGCUGUUCUAAUAUUACAAUUUAAGAGGUUCUGACUAAUUUUGGCUCUACUUCAGUAGACAGUUCACACAUCCUUUGAGCCAUUAUUCCCUUUUCAUACGUAGGUAUUCUUUGUUAAAAAUUCACAAUUUAUUGAUGCUGUUAAAUGAAUGAUAUUGAUAAACAUAGUUUACUGUGUAUUUAAAUGGUUGUGUGUGGGCCAGUCCUAUAUUGUUUGCAGUUUGUCAGUGCUGAAUACAAUAGGACUGAACUCAAAUACCUGGCCACCCCUCUACCCUUGCACUUCUGGAACUUAGCUAAGGACCUUACAAUAUGCACUUUCAACCAACAGAAACACUCUUUAAUUUAGAAUACCUUCUAUCCAAAGUAAAGAACAAAACAUCCAUAUGGGGUUUUAGGCUGUAACUGAGGUAUAAACCAGAUUCAUUGAUAGUUUCAAUUCCCUCUUGUGUUGAUUAAGGGCUCGAUUCAAUCCGUAUCGCGCAUGUUCAGCGCAAUUUACAUUUUUAAAGGCAAUGUUCCAGCGUUCACGGAGUCUGCAUUCUUGGUAAAGAAUGCAAAUGUCGGCUCAAUCGGAAAUGACCUUUACAUUUCAAUUGUGCUAUCGCUCUGAACUAUUGUGAUUCAGGUUUAAUCGAACCCUAAAGCUAUACAAAUGGAGUGGACUCAAAGGCUUUUUGUGUAGUCUUAUUUAAGUUGCAGGUAGCUAAUUUUAGCAACCAUCAAAGGUGGUCUCAACAAAUGGCUUGAUUUCUCAAUUCUGACUUCUGCAAAUUCUCCUGUGAAAACACUAGCGUUCUGCUUUCAUGAAGUUAGAGGCACGUCAAACGGUUCUUAGUGACAUGAAUCACUGUGUCUGGUCUGGAAACGUUCAGCUUAAACAGAAUGAUCAUUUUUAAAGUAAAUUUUAUAAGUGAUGUAAAAUUGUAUGUAUGGUAUGCUCUAAAUUAUGUUUGUUUAUAUCAAUUCCUUAUUUAUUGAAUUUCUAUAUUGUUUUUGAUUUAAUAAAAUGCCCUCGUGAUGGAUUGUUUUGAAGAUGCAGGUAUAAAGAAAAGUAUGCUUUCUGGUAGAAAUGUGCUCCUAAUUCCCUCAAGUGGUCUUACUACACCCAACCUGCUCAGUCAAGAGAAAAUGUCUUUAGAGGGUUUCAAUUGAUUUUCUCUUUCAAAGCCAAAGGUGCAUCUAUCCCGCGAUGAUGUUAUUUUAUUGAAAGGAAAUAGUAUAUACUGCACCAGAAACCACAGAUCAAUUCACAAUAUUGUGCAUCUUCAUGGUCUCCCAGUUCUUUUAGGGAGGUUUUUCAACCAUUUUGCAAGAAGAGUGACUUACCAAAACUAUUCUCUUUUCCUUGCUCUAUAUAAUACUGAACAAUAUUUUGCCACUGCAAACUCAUAACUUUUGUAUGAAUGUUAAAAUAAUAAUUUGAUUUGUGUAAAUGGUAACAAGAAUAGGUCAACUAAAGUGUAUGUAAUUUAUGUACAAAUUCAACUAGACUUAUUAAAGAUUUAUUUCGUUAUUUUAA